AUGGUGGACCCCGGGGGUGUCCCUCCUUUUUCUACCAAUCCUCGCGAGCCCACGCCAGCUUCGGCCGAUCGCACGCCGUGUUUGAGGACGCUGAUCGACUUUGUCGAUGGGUGUAUUGCCGAUCUCACGCGGAAGUAUCCCGCGCAAAGCCGCGAGGCGGCCCUCUCGCGCGUUCGUCGAUCGCUCGCGGGUCAUCUCGAGGAUGGCGUGCGUGAGAUGUUUGUCCAGCGGGUCAACGACCUACGCCGCCAGUGGGACCUCCAGGCCCUGUGGUCCCAGCUCAACUACCACGUCGAACUCCUCCUUUGCGUUCUGUGCGAUUCGCACGGGCCGAAUCGCGGCGGCGAGGCCGCGCGGUCGUCCUGUUAUCGAAGCCCCAACGCGGCGAACCCGCCGCCGCGAAAGGAAGCGGGGAAUUCCCCCGCGGAGGAGGCGAAUUUGGAUCGGUUGUUGUCCACCUACAACGCCAGCGGCCUCCUGCGCCUGACGGAGGAGGUGGGGGGGAUUUCGUUUAGUUUGGUCGACGCCGUCCAGCGCGCGCAGGCCGAGAAUCUACAGCGAAGCAAAGCCCAUUUACACCUAUCCCAGACCCUUUUGAGUGAGGCCCCCAACCCUUUGGCGCUUUGGGAGGGCGAUGGCGGGGGGGGAAGGAGGGGGCCAUGA